AGAGAGAGGUUGAACAGAAGAGAGGUUGGCUGUCAGUGUGUCUUCUCCUCCGGCUCAAGCUCUCACGGCUCUGAGAGACACAACACAAGUGUGUGCGUGUGUGUGUGUGUUUGCGUGUGUGUUUGUGUGUGUUACUGGUUUGUACGGAGCUUUGACACACAGAAGGCAAUGACAUGAACGUUCAUGAGAGGAAACGAGGAAGAGACGUACGCGGACAUCAAGUGUUCCUGAGGGCGGACGACACACCUGCUGUCUUACUCUCACUACAGCACUGAGUGUAUAUCAGACCUCCAGAGAAACCCAAUGCAGCGGCACGCUUACAUCAGCGCCACACGCCACGAUGCAGUACAGGAUGCAUUGCUGCAGUUGGCCUCCAUUGUGGACGUCAGCAGCCUUCAGACAACCUUCAGAGAUGUGCUGGGAGCCGUCCUGCCCAAUGUGGAGUCCGUGUUUGUGUACCUGUCGGAUGAGGAGUCUCGACUCCGAUGUGAAGAUCCGGCUCAUGAGAUCCCGGCGGAGGGAAAGCUCAGAGAGACAGUUAACCAGCAAAAGAGACUUCAGUGUUCUGGUUUACCAGCAUCAGAACUUCACCAGAAACAAACCAACUCACUCGCCGCUCCAUUACCACCUGACAAACAAGCACUCAUCAUACCAUUGGUUGAUCAGAGGAAGGUGAUAUCUGUGAUUCUGCUCGGCUGUAAACCGCUAACAGAACAAGACCAGCAAAACCUGAACAUUCUGGAAAAACACAUGACCGUGACCUGUAAGCGUGUCCUGUACAUGCAUCCACACAGUCAAUCCCAUAAUGCACCAGUGGAGAACAAAACCAGCUCACGGCCAGAGGACUACAGAGAACUCGACCGCAAGAUCUUACAGCUGUGUGGUGAGCUGUAUGAUCUUGACGCCGUAUCUCUACAGCUUAAAGUCAUCAACUACUUACAGACAGAAACUCAAUCUCAAUGCUGCUGCUUACUGCUGGUGUCUGAAGAUAACCACCAACUCUUCUGUCAGGUUGUUGGAGAUAAAGUAUUGGAAGAGGAAAUCAGUGUUCCACUGAUGUUCGGACGGUUCGGGCAGGUGGUGGAGACAAAGAAAUCUAUUAGACUACAAGACGUCAGCCAGGAGGAGCGAGGUUUAUUGAGCAGUCUGUUGGGUUUUGAACCCAAUUCAAUGCUCAGUGUACCUGUGAUCAGUCAAGCCACUGGACAUGUGGUGGCGUUAGCGUGCACCUUCAACAAACUGGGAGGACAGAGGUACAAUGAGACAGAUGAACAUGUUAUUCAACACUGUUUCUGUUACACAUCAACUGUCCUCACAAGUACACUCGCCUUCCAGAAAGAACAGAAACUCAAGUUUGAAUGUCAGGCUCUGCUGCAGGUGGCGAAAAAUCUCUUUACUCAUCUCGAUGAUGUAUCUGUAUUACUGCAGGAAAUCAUUGUUGAGGCCAGAAACCUGAGCAAUGCUGAGAUUUGUUCGGUGUUUCUGUUGGAUCGAGUCAGUCAUGAACUUGUGGCCAAAGUCUUUGAUGGAGGUGUAGUGAAUGAUGAUGAGAAGGAGUUUCGUAUCCCGGCGGAUCAGGGCAUCGCUGGUCAUGUUGCCACCACCGGAAAGAUUCUUAAUAUUAAGGAUGCGUAUUCUCAUCCUCUGUUUUACCGCGGUGUGGAUGACAGCACUGGCUUUAGAACAAGAAACAUCCUCUGCUUUCCCAUCAAAGAUGAAAAUGAAGAGGUGAUUGGAGUGGCUGAGCUGGUGAACAAAAUCAACGGCCCAUGGUUUAAUCGUUUUGAUGAAGAUUUAGCGACUGCGUUUUCCAUCUACUGUGGCAUCAGUAUAGCACAUUCUCUUCUGUAUAAGAAGGUUCAUGAAGCUCAGUUCCGCAGUCAUCUGGCCAACGAGAUGAUGAUGUAUCACAUGAAGGUGUCAGAAGAAGAGGUCACCAAACUUCUGUGUAUUGGCAUUGAGCCGGUCCAGAAAAUCCACCCCAACUUCGCUGAGUUCUCCUACACGCCGCGAUCGCUGCCGGACGACAGCACACCCAUGGGGAUUCUGAGCAUGUUUGAAGACUUGGGCUUUAUUAACACCUACAAGAUCGACAUGCACACACUGGCCAGGUUUUGUCUGAUGGUGAAGAAGGGCUACAGAGAUCCUCCUUAUCACAACUGGAUGCAUGCGUUCUCUGUCUCUCACUUCUGCUAUCUGCUGUACAAGAACCUGGAGCUCUCCAACUACCUCGAAGAUAUAGAGAUGCUUGCACUCUUUGUGUCCUGUAUGUGUCAUGAUUUGGACCAUCGAGGAACAAACAACUCAUUCCAGGUCGCUUCGCAAUCUGUCCUGGCAGCUCUCUACAGUUCAGAGGGAUCUGUAAUGGAGAGACAUCACUUUGCUCAGGCCAUCGCAAUUCUCAACACACACGGCUGCAACAUCUUUGAGAAAUUCUCUAGAAAGGAUUAUCAGAGGAUGUUGGAUCUGAUGAGAGAAAUUAUCCUGGCCACAGAUUUAGCUCACCAUCUGAGAAUCUGUAAAGAUCUUCAGCGGAUGGCUGAUAUUGGUUAUAACUCCAAGAAUCAAACCCAUCGCAGUCUUUUGUUGUGUCUGCUCAUGACCUCCUGUGACCUCUCAGAUCAGACCAAAGGCUGGAAAACCACCAGAAAGAUUGCGGAGUUGAUCUAUAAAGAGUUUUUCUCUCAGGGUGAUCUGGAGAAAGCCAUGGGCAACAGACCCAGUGAGAUGAUGGAUCGAGAGAAAGCUUACAUCCCUGAGCUUCAGAUCAGCUUCAUGGAGCACAUCGCCAUGCCAGUAUACAAACUCCUUCAGGAAAUCUGCCCGCGCUCGGCUGAACUUUACGAGCGUGUGGCCGCUAACCGCGAGCAGUGGACCAAAGUCUCGCACAAAUUCACCAUCCGCGGGUUGCCUAGCAACAACUCACUGGACUUCCUGGAUGAGGAGUUUGAGCUGCUCCAGUCUCAGGGCGCGUUCGGUGACGAGUCCCACCGCGUCAACGGCUGCCUAGAUGACCAGUGAUGUCACCGGGGCAAAGGUCAGGUGUGACCAGUAGGUCAGGUGUGACUUCUCCCGUUUCCACGGAGAUGGAUUGUCUGAGAUGCUGAUGUGCAGAAGGACGAUUAACGAUUGAUGUGGAGCGAAACAACUCUCAAUGAAGAUUAACACAGAUUUUCCCAAAAUUAAAACCCCAUUAAAACAUUUUCAUUUUUUUUCAUUAAACUUACAUGAUAACAAAUUAUCGUAAAGAAUAUAAUAAAACAUUUUAGCACAUAAGACAUACAUUUUUAUUAAAUCUGCCUACUAUUUUGUUUUGUAUUUUGAAGCAAAAAGAAACUUGUGUGAAACUCAAGUCUUUAUUUUCUCUUUUUUUAAAUUGAAUUUUUGUCAGAUGAAACUGAUCUUUUCAUUAAUCUUUGUUUCAAAGUGGAAACAAUUUGGCCUCUCAGAUGUCAGUUUUCCCAGUUCACACAGAGAAAAACAACCAAACAACAUUUAUUUUCCAUUUCCCAAAUCCCCAAAACCCAAAACAAUUAUUGAAGAUCUCAUUGAAGCGGUGAGCAGCUGGAGCUCAUAGAGAGAAACCCGCUGUGACAUCUGUCCACAGACACUCAUGAUGAUGAUGAUGAUGAUGAUGAUGAUGUUUUAAAGGACUGUGAUGUCCUCCGAGGACACAGACUUUCUCAGGCUGGCAGAAUGAUGUCUCACAUGGAAUUUGCCUUACAAAUGUUUGUGUUGCCUUCCUGAGUGACUUUAGGAGAGAAAACCGUAUUAAAUCUGCCUAUCGAUGUACAGUUCUGAUAUAUGAAGAUCUGCUGUGUGUGAAUCUGUGUGACUGUAAGUGCAUUUGCCAAAAUCUGCUACAAAACAGAAGACAGAAAGAGAUUUCUGACGAAUAUGAGUUUGCUUUUAAAUGUUUUUCUGACAGACUCUCACAUAAGAUGAAAAUAUUAUUGUGACCCACACUGUAAAAAGUGAAAGUUCGAUCUACUUAACUUCAAUACACUGCAAAAAUGAUUUUCAAGAAAAAAAAAUUCUUGUUUUCUGU